GUUUGGAGUAGUGAGGGAGUACGUUUGAUCUUGAUCGUGUAGUAAAGUGCUUGGUGCUGCCGGUAGUGAUAUGGUUUUGCGUUAGUGACUCAUUGUGGAAGGGAGGAAACGGGAGUAAGCUCGUCUCCGUUUUCCGUAGGUAUUCCGUAAGGAUUACCGUGUUCAUUCGUGGGUUCGUUCGUCUUUCGUUGGUUCGUUCGUGUACAUAGUUCAGACAGUGUAGAAGCGAAGGGUAGCCUUCGCGCGAGUGUCCGGCUCGCGCAUGGCAUCCCUUGCCGGUUGAAACGCCUUUUAAACGAAAAGGUGAAUAAGAAAGAAAGGAAGGAAGGAAGGAAAGAAGAAAGGAAGGAAGGAAGAAAAGAACGAAAGAAAGAAAUAAAGAAAGGAGUUAAAGCGAGAAAGAGCGAAGAAGGAGAGGGAGCGAGACAAGAGCGGGAGAGAAGGUAUCGCGCGCGAGCGGGGCCCAGCCUCUUGGCGUGCCUCCUCUCGUGCUUCCUCUCGCGCCUCUUCUCGUCGUCUUGUCGUUUUCGCCGUGAGCGCCGAACGCUAGUAAGAAUUACGAACAGGCCGACACAAUGACCGACAACCAGGAGCAAACACGCGAAACGGCGAUAAGUAACGUCGAAACUGAGUACCUAGAGAUCACCUCGAAGGAAGCUUGGCCAAUUCUCUAUCAGCAUAUACGAAAUGAAUGUGGUAAUUAUGGAUACACGUAUAAUGAAUCAAAGAAACGACAGAAUAGGAACUUGAAUCGUUACAGAGAUGUGGCUCCUUACGAUCACACCAGAAUUGUUCUUAAAAGGGGUCCAUGUGAUUAUAUUAAUGCCAAUCUGAUACAGAUGGAUCGUGCACAUAGACAAUAUAUUCUCACACAAGGGCCAUUGCCAUCUACUGCUGGUCAUUUCUGGCUCAUGGUAUGGGAACAAAAUAGUAAAGCUGUAUUAAUGUUAAACAAGACGAUUGAAAAAGAUCAUGUUAAAUGUCAUCAAUAUUGGCCUCUUGAAAGUACAGAAAGUACAAUGGCUUUCCCAGAUGUUGGUCUAAAAGUAGAGUAUAUUAGUAAAACAGAGUCAUCAGAUUAUACCACAAGAACAUUACGAAUAACAGAUUUGGAAACAUUGGAAAGCAGAGAGAUCUUACACUUUCAUUAUAUUACUUGGCCUGAUUUUGGUGUGCCACAAAGUCCUACAGCCUUUUUACAUUUUUUAGCAGAUGUAAGACAAUCAGGAGUAUUAAAUCAAAAUGUUGGGCCACCUGUUGUUCAUUGUUCUGCUGGAAUUGGAAGAUCAGGAACCUUUUGUUUAGUUGAUACAUGUCUUGUUUUAAUAGAAGAAAAUGGUUUAAAUUCUGUAAAUGUAAGGGAUGUUUUGAUGGAGAUGAGAAGGUCUAGAAUGGGUUUAAUACAAACACCUGAUCAAUUAAGAUUUUCAUAUGCUGCUAUUAUUGAAGGAGCAAAACAAUUGCCAUCUAAUAACGUGAAUGUCGACAACAAUGAAAUAGUAACAAAUCAUUAUGAUGUUGUUAAUAACAUCAGUAACUCUUCAAUAGAAGAAGAAGAUGAGCCUCCACCUUUACCACCUCCUAGAGGAGAAUCUUUACAACGUAGCAUGAUAGCUGAGUUAACCGCUAAUACAAAUACUGGAAAUGCAGAUGAAUUAGGUGGACCACCAGAUAAACCAUUGCCUAGGGAGCCGUCAAUAUGUACACAACCAUCUACAAGUCCUCCUCCUAUAAACUCUACAUCUAUUGCAAACAAACUUCACGAACAAAAUUCCGAUGGUGCCGUAUCUUCAGCUGAUAUUGUCAAUGAUAGUGAAAGUUCUUUUCAUACAGUUAGUCCUCUGUCCAGUCCUGAUGCAAAAAGUGAACUUCGUCAACGUAAUCGUGAUAAGAAGGAACGGCUGGCUGCACAAGUUCGCGAGAUGAAACGUCGGCAAAAGGAAGUCGAAGAAUGGCAAAAACUCAAGAGGUCAUUAUUUAAGCCCCUUACAAUAGGCAUAGGUGCAGCAAUUGUUGGUGGGGGUGUUUUAGCAUUUGUUGGCUAUUUGUAUAUGCGUGGUUAGAAUUAUAAGAUUACAAAUAUUAUCACUUGUAUAUGAAAUUGCAAGUGACUAGUGAUACUAAUAUGAUGCACGUUUUUCGAGAAUUCUUAUUCUCAAUGCAAGAUUUUUACAUCUUGAUCCUUAUCGGUUACUACUCUCUUUAAAGCUAAUAGAAAAGAAAAUGUGAGAGGAAGUAAGCUAUUAAUGAUAACAGGAUCAUCUGUCAAAAAAAAAGUAUCAUAAAUGAUACUUAGCGAUCAUCUUCUGAUGAUCCUGUUAACAAACGAAGGUAAUAUUAUCUAUAACAUAUGAAUAUGAGUAAUCACAAAUUGCGAAUACAAGGUGUGAUAUUUGAACAUCAGAAGGAAAAAGAUAGAUGUUAGGGGGAAAACUGAUCAAUGAAAGAGCUGAAUUUUUCAAUUUGUAUUUUUAUAUUGCGAUUCAUUCUAUAAAUAUUUGAAACUAGAAUGCAUGUCCAUUUUCAGAUUUCUUGCAUAGAUUUCGUCAUACUAUGUCAUGAUUCAUUAAUCAAUUAUCCAGAUGUGCUCUUGUACAAAUGUAAUGGAAAAGUAUAACGUACUUUCAGAGAACCACUUCCUUACUUUUAUAAGUAAUGUGUUAUGAGAAACUUGAAAUUUCGCGUUCAAAAAGUCUUUUAUUUGUAUUUAAACAGCAUAAAAAAUAUCGGAUACAUGCAUUCUUUUCACGUUGAUUCAAUUGGUUAUACAUUUAUAUUGAAAUAGCAAUGAACUUUUUUAUAAAUAAUGUUUCUUUCACAUCGAUUUCAUAUAAUCCAAUAGUUACACAAUUCUUGUAAAGUACGUUUCAAGUAUAAAUUAAUAAUUUAAUUUACUUGAACGCGAAGUAUAAUAUUAAAAUGCAAUUAUUGCAUAUGUUAAAUACUUAUUGCUAUAUCGCUGUUUUUUUUCUAUUUAGUAUUCUAACUAGAAAUUCUAAUAAGGAUUAAUUAUUCUAAUUAUUCUAAUAAGGAAGUAAGACAUGAAUUUUAUAUAAAAAGAAGCAAUUUUUAAAUAGAUUAGAUCUAGUGAAAUUCAGGGUACGAAAAUCAUGAAAUUGACAAGCACCUCAUUAUCUUUAUAGUGUGUAAUAGGUACGCUUGUGAUAGAACUAGAAAUUAUUACAACAGUCACAUAAUAGCAUCAUAGAUGUUUUUUGAAUAUUUGCCAUUAAUAUAGAAUUUGCUCUUUCACCAAGAACAUUUCAACAAAUGAAAGAAGCAUUAAUUAUUCGACGCCAUAUAAUGAAGUCGAAAUGUUGCGGAAAUUAAUUGGAAAAAAGAAAAAAGAAACAGUUAAAGAAAAAAAAUUUAGCUAACAAAUAUAAAAUAAAGAAGCAAUAUUCACGUAUAAUCAAUUCAUAAAAUAUAGAUGCUAUAUAUUGAUUGGCAUUAAAGUUUUUUUAUAAUUGCUUGUUUAUAACACACAAUAGUCAUUUUUUUCUAGAGUAUCGUUUGUUUAAAAUGAUUUCACUUAAGUUAUCUGCCUAAGUCUAUAUGGUAGAUAACUUAUAUAUUUCUAUUUCAAAAAAAAUAUUUGUGUGUAUCUGAUAAAAUAUUUAUCCUUUGUUAGAAAGUAUUUUGAAUUCAUUCUAUUAGGUUUUAUAUUAUAAUUUCAUUUCAUCUUUUUUUUCAUUUAUACCAUAAUUUACGAACUUUAAUGAUAACCGAUCGAUUCAUUUGUUUCUAUUUUCUUCGAUUUUACACAAUAACAUUCCUCAUUAUUAUAGAAGUAUAGCUUCAAGUUUUCUGAAGUUAUAAGCAAAAUCUUUAAAAGAUACAAAAAAUAGUAGGUUCAGAAUUCAUUUGUAGUGCAUUUAAUCGCCCAUUACUUUUUUUUUUUGUUUCAUGAUAUACUUGUCUGGAGAAGUACGUAAUACAAUUGGGAUCAUUAAUGACGCAUAGUAGUAUCUCCUUCAUUUUAAAGGAAACUCGGCGAACUGGAAGGGAUAUCUCCACUGUGUGCUAUUAAUGCUCACAAUUGUAUAUAUUAACAUGAAAUAAAGAGAUUUCAGUUUUGUACGCAACUUUCUAUUCGAAAAUUUUUUAAAUAUUUGAGAGAUUAUCAUAAUGUAUUUAUAAUUUUAUCCUCUUGCUCCUACUUUUUUAUAAAAACACCAUACAGUAUAUGAAAUACACGUGGUCGUUUAAACCAAUAAUUGGAAGUCUUAUUAAAAAAUAUGAUUUAAAGAAGAAAAUUUGUCUAAAAAAACAUUUUUAGAAACGUACAGAGCAAGGGGAAGACUGAAUAUGGCUAGUAACUUCUCAAAAAACAGAGAAAAAAAUAUGAGUAAAAGAAAAUAGAAUAUCCAGCUCAUAUUUGUAUAUCAAGUUAUAUUAUAUAUGUGUAUGUAUAUAUAUAUAUAUAUAUAUAUUUGUAUAUAUCUAUAUGUAUAUGUAUAUGUAUCUGUAAGUCAUGAAGACCUUGAAAAAAGGAAUUUGGAUCGUAUUUCAAUUAACCGAAGUUGCAAAAGUGUGUACUUGAUAUAUUGGUAUGUUUUCUGAGUGUGGCCACUUAAGACAGCUUGUGUAGUAUGUGCGAGAAAGUGCAUGCGUGUGUGUGUUUGUAUAAGUGUUUUCAUAAAGGUGUAUUUUUUACUUUCAUACAUUAUUAACAUUGGAAUACGAUCUCUGAAACUAUAGGAGCAUUAGAUUUAGAUGGACGCGUGUUCAUUUUCCAUCUUUACAAGGUACAUAAAUGAGAACACAUAAGUAUGUUUGCAUGCAUCUACGUAUGUAUGUAUGUAUGUAUGUAUGUAUGUAUAGACAUAAAUACAUAAAUAAUACAUACAAGAGCAUACAUCUAUCCUAUUAUAAUUCCACAUAUGCAUAAUCGAGCUAUAUUAAUUACACAAGUGCGCUCAUAAAUGAAAAGGAAAAGAAGAAAAAAACAAAAAGAAACUAUUAUAAUAUCUACUAUCAAUAUUUUUCUUGUUACAAGUUGUGUACAUCUCUCGAUGCUAACAAAUAAUGUAAAUUGUACUAUCAUCAAAUUAGAGUUUAGUUUAUGAAAGUUUGUCGUCAUUUUUUCUACACUCUUAACUACAUAUUUUAAAAAUAUAUCUCUUCUCUGUAUGUUAUAUUGUUAUACACAAUAAUACACACAAUAACAAAAUUGAAUAUUAUACUUUAUAAUCAUCGUAUCAUAUAGAAGUAAUACAGAACACUUUCGACGAUAUUUAACAAAAGGUGGAAGAACACGCGUACUGAACUUUUUACUUUCGGUCGAUUUAAAAAGACUGACGACAAGUAGAGAAAAGGGGGAUAUGAUGAACUUUUCAUGCCUUCAAAUUUUUCAAAUAAAAUAGUCAACUAUAAAAGUCUAGUUAGCUAACGCUCAAAGAUAUUAUUUGUAUGGAGAAAAAGAAUUGGAAAGAUUGGCAAGAAACAAAAAAGAAAAAAGAAUAAGUAAGCGGUUGGUUACUCUGUGUUGUGCUUAGGCAGGGAUGAUUUUUACGAUCAAGAUAUGUUUAGAAGCACGGUGCUAAUUAAAAGUUCCAAAAACUGGUAUGCGCUUUAAACGUGUCUCUGCUGUACGUUAUGUAUUGUACAUGAGUAUAUGUGCGUAUAUGUGCAUUUGCAUGAAUGAUAAAAAGAUAUCGAUAGUGAUGAAUACUAAACUGAUGACAUUUCUUUUUCAUUGAAAGAAAGGCAACACACGGUGGAAAAUGUAUAGAAAAAAUAAUUUUAAAAAACCAGGAAUGAAGAUAGUAUGAGUGUGUGAAAGAAAAUUAGCAUAUGAGAGUGAGUGAGUGAGAGAAAGGGAGAGCGAGAGCGAGAGCGAGAGUGAGAGAGAGAGAGAGAGAGAGAGAGAGAGAGAGAGAGAGAGAGAGAGAGAGAGAGGAAGGCACCGUUGUAAUUUUCAAUUGUAACAGAUAGUAAUAUGCCGAACACACAGAAAACAUGGUUAAGUGCCUACUCGUACAAAAGAAACAAAUGAAACUCUGAAUUACAAGCAAUUAUUCUCUGGCAAAAUAGCACAUUAAGAGGAUUAUACAAGAUUAUGGUUUAUUGAUGGUAGAAUAAUUUUCGAUAAAGCGAAUCGUUUUUAUUACCCGACAAUAUACAAGUAGAUAAUAGCGAUAGCAUAUCUAUCCAUUCUCGGAUUGUGCUGAGCGACGAUAUGUUGUCCGUAUUAUUAUAGAAAAAACUAUGAAAAAAAGAAAAAAAUUAAAAAAAAAAGCUAAUCAAGAAAGAAAAACGCGAUGAAUUAUCGAGAUCGCUUUGUAAGCCAAAAAAACAAAACAAAACAUACGAUUUCCUUCUACCAAAUGAUACAUUGAAGUUAUCUCUAGUUUUCAAUAAUAUAUAUAUCAUAUAUACAGAGAUAGAAAAACAAAAGGGCAAAAUGGAUAAAUAAAUAAUAAGCCUUGGGUCAAAGAUUAUCAGAGGUAAUCGUAAAAGUAAUAUAAGAAACAUCUUGAUGAUCGGCUUACACGUAAUCUCUAUGUAUAGUGUACCGUACUAUUAGUAUUACGAACAGUGAUUAUUGAUAAUACAAAAUAAAAUGAAAGAUAAGGAAGUAAAUAAUAAUAAUAAUAAUUAAAAAAUAAAAUAAUAAAAAAAAAGAAGAAACCGGAACGUGCGUGUCCAAAAUUGAAAGUGACGUAUAAUAUAACCAUUGCUGUGAACCGUACAUUCUAGAUAUUUCGUCCGUGCAAUUAAACUAAUUCAUUAACGUAUAAUGUACCGUUAAAUAUUUUUUGUUUAUUUUUAAUUCUCUCUCAUGCACGUACUAUAGACAUAAACAUACAUUUAGUGAUACAGGAUAAAAUUGGACAAUAUGGCGCGCGGACGGUCAAUAUACGAUAUAGGAAUACAUUAUAUAUACACACAUGUACGAAGCAUCGAGGAAAAAAUCAAUGUGCUCGAUAGUAUUUCAUAUAUAUUAUCGUUUAUUCUAUACUGUUUAUUUUUAGCGAAGUAAAUGAUUUUACAUUAGAAAUACAUAACUAUGAAAUGAUGAUGAUGAUGAUGAUGAUGAUGAUGAUGAUGAUGAUGAUGAUGAUGAUGAUAAUGAUGAUGAUGAUAAUGAUGAUGAUGAUCAUGAUGAUGAUGAACGGUAGAUCAAUAUAGGAAAGAUUUGUUAAUACUUUCCUCGCGUUAUUUUAUUUUACCUUUCAUCGACGGAUUAACCGAUAAAAUGAAAAAAAAAGUAUUAAGAAAUCAAACAAAUCGUCAUCCUUUACAAAAGCAAAAUUAGUAACAUUAGUUACUUCUACGAUUUUUUUUUAUAGGCGCGCGCGCGCGUGUGUGUGUGUGUGUGUGUGUGUAUGUGACAUAUUGAUUGUUUGUAUGCGUAUUUCCUUCAUUAAUUAUUACUAUUACUAUUAUUAUUAUUAUAUAAAAUUUUCACAUAUACUACUAA